UCAGCACGCAGGCAGGCAGCUUCCGGCCCUUUUCCACUCCCUCAAAGCUGAACCGGCAGGCUCCCAUCCUUCCUCCGCCGCCCCGCUUCGGAGCUGCCCUCAUUUGCUUUCCCCUUUCACACCGGAGAGCAGAGCAGCGCGCACCAGAACGCAGAGGCAACAAGCAAGAAGAGCCAGAGCCGGUCUCCCAGUCUCCGAUGGCGGCUCGCGUCCUCGGUGCCCUGCUCGCCGCCGCCCUCGCCCUCGCCCUCGCCCUCGCGGCCCCCGCGCGGGCGUCCAACGACGAGGGCGACGCGCUCUACGCGCUGCGGCAGCGGCUGUCCGACCCCAACGGCGUGCUGCAGAGCUGGGAUCCCACGCUCGUCAACCCCUGCACCUGGUUCCACGUCACCUGCGACCAGGCCAGCCGCGUCGUCCGCCUGGAUUUAGGCAACUCCAACGUCUCUGGCUCCAUCGGCCCUGAGCUCGGCCGCCUUGUCAACCUCAAAUACCUGGAGCUAUACAGGAACAAUCUUGACGGUGAGAUCCCAAAGGAACUGGGCAACCUCAAGAACCUGAUCAGCUUGGAUUUGUAUGCCAACAAGCUCACUGGAGGAAUCCCCAAGUCGCUUUCCAAGCUCAACUCACUCAGAUUCAUGCGCUUGAACAACAACAAGCUUACAGGAUCAAUUCCAAGGGAGUUUGCCAAGCUCUCCAACCUGAAAGUCAUCGAUUUGUCGAACAAUGAUCUCUGCGGAACUAUUCCUGUUGAUGGACCUUUCUCAACCUUUCCUCUCCGAAGCUUUGAGAACAACAGCAGGCUCAACGGUCCAGAGCUACAAGGAUUGGUUCCCUACGACUUUGGAUGUUAGAUGCCGACACCGAUGCAUAACAAUCAACAAUGUAUCCCGUCCCUAGUUGAAAGGAGGAAAAACAAGAUAGUAGUAGAAACCUACGUAGCUUGGAGAAUGCCGUGACUAUAUAAAUGUAUAAUAUUCAGACAAGAUUUGACAAGGGUGUCAUAGCAGGUCGUGAUAUUCUGUGUGCAUUCAGCAACAACAUAAAAAAGAAUGUAUUCAGACAAGUUCUGCUUGGUUGAUAUUUUGUCCCGAUGGAUAGCUGCUUUUAUGCAGCCGUGUUGAUAUUUUGCAAA